AUGUCGCUCGCGUCCGUGACCGCGAUCGCCGCGCGCGCGCCGAUGCGCAAUCGCGCGCGUGGGUCGCGCGCGAGCGGGUCGCGCGCGCGCGUCUCGACGACGACGCGCGCGACGCGCGCGACGCACGUGAAACCAGCGCUGGAGAUUGGAUCGCAAGGCGCCGAUGUCGCGCGGUUACAACAGAGACUGAUGGACGAGGGAAUCGUCGACGUCGGGACGGCUGAAGGAACCUUUGACGAGCGCACAGCUGAGGCAGUGAAGACGCUGCAGACGCGGUACGGUAUGCCGGCGAACGGGCAGUGGGGGGCGUUGGAGCGCAUGAUGUUCGAAGAAGUGGGGAUUCACACGGAUGCGCCGCGAAUGGAGGCUUUGGCGCCAGCCCCUAUGCGGAGUGCGAACACGCACAUCAUCGCACCUGCGGAUUUUACGAGAGGCCAGGUGAAGAGCAUCGUGGGAUCCGCAGCGACGGGAGCGGCACUCGGUUUGGGCGUCGCGCUAGCGAUUCGCGCCGCCGAUAACGCGUUACGGGGUGGCUCGGCGAGGGAUUUCGUCGAAGACACCGCGGACGGCAUCCGCGGUUUUGUCGGCAAAUUCAAGCAACGCGGUCGUCAAGGUAGGUACGAGCGUGACAUGAUGGCGUACGAGGAUGACGGCGAAGAACCGGACGAUCGAUGGGGCUACGACGGGCGCGGUGACGGUGGGCAAGGGAGGGAUCCGAGAGGACCAUUGCCGGACGGGUUGCCGCCAGGCGCGAGUGAGUCGUACUACGGUUUGGACGCGCAGUAUCAAACCGCGCGCACACGGAGGCUCUUGAGGGGAGCCAUGCCCGCAGCGGCUCAGAGCGAACCUGUGAGACAAAAGCAGCAAAUGCGUCGAUCUGGUGGAGGGACGCCGAGGGCGACGGCGGCGAGCAUGGAUCUUCAGCGACAACAGCAAGUCUUAGUGAACUCGCAGUUCGAAGUCGAGCUCGAGGCUGAAGUCGCCGUCGGUGCUUCUUCUCGACCUAUGACUACCAUGAUGCAGCGCGUGAGAGAGAAAUUCGACGCUAGCUUAGACGCUAUCGGCGAUGUGAUUCCGGAUGGCAUUCCUCUCCUUGGUGGAGGGAGCGAUUUCACUGCACGAGCGCAACGCGAGCGAGAUUUGAACGCUCGACUCGCAGAGGCUCGGUAUUACGCAGAGUUGGAGCAACAAAAGCGAAUCAAGGCGGAGCAAGCUUUCAAACAGAGCCACCAAAAGUGGCUCGAUGCUCAGGCUGCCACGCGUCAAGUUCGCGCUCAGGCGACGGAAACGGCUACAAAGUUGGUUGAGCUUGAGGAGCGAUUGUUCCGCGAGGACAUCUUCGACAACCACCCCGUCGUAAGCAAGGUAACGGAACUGGAAAACUUGGUCUUGCGAGACGUCGAAGAAGAGAAAACGGCAGAUCAGCUUAAGAAUGAGCUCGCGAGACUCGAGAUGAACGCCAUGCAGAGAGUGAAGGAGCUGGAGAAUCAAGUGAACGACUUGCAGCUCGAGCUCGAGACGCGUCCCAGUGUUCCUCAAGCUUUGGUCGCCAGGUUGGAAGCCUUGGAAAGUGCGAUGGUGAGCGGCUCGUCUUACAAAGCCGACGGGUCCACAGAGAGCGCAUCCAGUUUACAAGAAAAUAUCGCCAGUGUUGGUGAUGCGUUUGCAGAAGUUCGAGACAGUUUGCGAGUAGAGAUGCAGAAAGUUCAAAGCGAGCUUCAAAGCAUCCACCCGCUCAUGGAUCACGGUGCAGGGCGUAUCGACAUUCUUUUCGCGAAGGUCACUGCUCUGGAGUCUUCCAUGGACGCCGUCAGCGAAGGUGCGGCGUCUCAGAUCGGUCGUUUGGCGGCACAAAUUGACAGGUUGGAGAAGGCGCUCGCCGAGAGCGCCGGUGUCGAGUUGAAACCAUUCCCGCAGGUGCGCGACCUCGAGGAGAGUGAGCCGAUGACAGAUGAUUUCACCGAGGAGACGGUGAAGUUUAUCGAAGACGUCAUGGUCCCGGUUGAAGAAGUCGAGGAAGAGGUUGAGGAUGAGUUGUUUGGCGAUGCAAGCAGCAGCGUUGAUGAGAGCGCAACAGACUUCAUGCAGCUGUUCACAGAGUCCCAGGUCGUUACGGAUGCGAUACCGGUUGCUGAGCCCUUCGUCGAACCUGCCCCGGUUGAGGAAGAACAUGAUAUCGCCAGGGAGUCUGGCGUAAUGCCACGCAUCGCGAUCGGACGAGAAGUCAUGCUUCAAGGUUUCCACUGGGAGAGCCACAACCACGAUUGGUACUCGAUUGUCUCGGAAAGGCUUGAAGUCAUGAACAGAGCAGGUUUCACGCAAGUUUGGCUGCCACCGCCGGCGGAUUCGCUCGCGCCGCAAGGGUACAUGCCCCGUCAACUCUAUUCGCUGAACAGCAAGUACGGCUCGGAGGACGGGUUGCGAAACCUCAUUUCAAACUGCAAGGAGCACGAUGUCUUGCCGGUUCUUGACGCGGUGUUGAACCACCGCUGCGCCACGCACCAGGGAGCUGGGGGCAAGUGGAACCGCUGGGAAGGCACCGGCAUGGAUUGGGGCGAAUGGGCGAUCGACAAUAGAAAUCCGCAAUUCGGGGGUAUGGGUAACCACCCGACGGGAGACGAGUUCUCUGGCGCGCCGAACAUCGAUCACACCAACGAUACAGUGCGUGAAGACUACUCAAAAUGGCUCCGAUGGUUGAAGGACGACGUCGGAUUUGGCGGCGUUCGUUUUGACUUUUCAAAGGGUUACGAUGGUCGAUUCGCUGGGGAGUAUAUCAAGGCGAUGGAUCCGGAGUUCGCUGUGGGUGAGUACUGGGACACGCUUGCUUACGGCGCUGGUUUGGAAUACGACCAAGACGCACACCGUCAGCGCAUCGUGAACUGGAUCGAUGCGGCAGGAGGGAACACCACAGCGUUUGAUUUCACCACCAAGGGCAUUCUUCAAGAGGCUUGCGGUCGGUCCGAGUUCUGGCGCCUCAUCGAUAGCAAGGGACGCGCUCCCGGAGUUAUUGGUUUAUGGCCAGCACGAGCGGUGACGUUCAUCGACAACCACGACACCGGUUCGACUCAGGGACACUGGCCCUUCCCGAACGAUAAGGUCAGCAUGGGUUAUGCGUACAUAUUAACUCACCCUGGCACGCCGUGCGUUCUGUGGGAUCACUUCUUCGAUUGGGGUGAGCACUUGCGCGAGAACAUCGAGACGUUGAUGGAUGUUCGUAAACGCUCAGGUAUUCACAGCCGUAGUAAGCUUCAAAUCGUUGCCGCGACCGACGGUUUGUACGCUGCCAUUGUAGACGGUAAGGUAGCCGUCAAACUCGGCGGCGAUAACUGGUCCCCCGCUGGCGAUGGCUGGGAACGCGUUGCCGGCGACCACGACUGGUGCGUCUGGCAACGAUGA